CGGACAUGAAAGUUGCAUUUCCCAGCAUUUCAUUUUGAACGCCAUUCCGCCCGUCCUUAAGGUUCGCCACCUGUACUUGAUCAUUCAGCCUUGCAUUGCCAUCCAGAUAUCAGCUUUACACGUCCACAGCCACGCCCGUCAUGCCGCCAGCUAAGAGCAUGACGGCCAACCCGGUCAAGGCACCGCGCUACCGCGCCGGCAAGCCCACCGGUGUCGACUCCGAAUCCGAAUCCGACAACGUUCCCGAAGACGAGGAGGAAGCCCCCAAGAAGCCUUCCACGCGGAAAGCGCCAGCGCCCAAGUUUGCCAAUGCAGCAGGUCCUGGCCGAAUCAUCAGUCGUGGCAACGAUGGCAAGAUCAACUUGAAAGCCGCCGGAAUAGGCAGCAACGCCCCAGACAACGAAGAAGAAGAGAAAAAGCGACGGGAGGCAGCUGCGAAGGCGCGCAUUGCGGCCGAACAGAAAGCAAGAGAGGAAGGGUUCGUGACAGAGGAGGAAGACGAAGAGGAAGAGGAAAGUGGCAACGAGGAAGAAGAGUCGGAAGAGGAAGAGAGCUCAGAAGAAGAAGAGGAAGCACCAAGGCGGUUGAUGCUGCGACCAAAGUUCAUUCGAAAGGCCGACCGCGAAGCUGGAGUAACCGCAUCCAACUCCGCCUCGACAAACAAGAAAUCGACACCCGAAGAAGACGAAGCAGCUGCCGCAGAAGCCCGCCGCCGCGCCGCCGACGAGCUUGUCGAAGAGCAAAUCAAGAAAGACCUUGCCGCCCGCGCCGCUGGCAAGAAGCACUGGGACGACGACACCGACCCAGAAGACGACCAAAUCGACGACACGGAUGACAUUGACCCCGAAGCCGAAUACGCUGCCUGGAAACUGCGUGAGCUGAAGCGCGUCCGGCGCGAGCGCGAGGCUAUCGAAGCCAAGGAGAAGGAACUCGCAGAGAUCGAGCGCCGACGGAACCUCACGGAAGAAGAACGUCGCGCCGAAGAUGAAAAACACCUGCAGCAGCAGAAGGAAGAGAAAGAGGGCAAAGGCAAGAUGGCAUACAUGCAAAAGUACUUUCACAAGGGUGCUUUCUACCAGGAUGAGAGCAAGGAGAUGGGACUGGACAAGCGAGACAUUAUGGGCGCGAGGUUUGCGGACGAUGUUAAGAACCGGGAGCUGUUGCCCAAGGCGCUGCAGCUGAGAGAUAUGACCAAGCUGGGAAGAAAGGGCGCCACCAAGUACAGAGACCUCAAGAGUGAAGAUACGGGACAGUGGGGCCGCCUGCAUGACAACAGGCCAGGGAGGGAGUUUGACAGGUUUGGAGAUGAAAGGUUCCAGCCUGAUGACUCUCAUAGGGAUCGGUACAGGGAUAGGGGUGGUGAUGGGCCGAAGGGCUCGAAUGCCAUUCCGUUGGGUGAUCGGAAGAGCGCCCCGGAGAGGUCAAGGGGUGAUGACAGGCCGCGUGGUGAGGAUCGGUAUAGGGGAGGCGAUAGAGAUCGCAACCGUGGUAGAGACCAUUCUCGGGACCGUUACCGUGACAGGGACGGAGACAGGGACCGUCACCGGGAUCGGGAUCGGGACCGUGACAGACGUCGGGAUGAUGAUUACAGGGAGAGGCGCCGGUCGCCGUCUCCAAGACGUGAUCGUGAUCGCGACCACGGCGAGCGGAGGAAACGGUCACCAUCCAGAGAGCGGGACCGGUAUGAGAGCGACAAGCGAAGAAAGGUGGAUACUAGGUAGUCCAUGUCUUGCCUACCUGCGGCCUCGUCGGCUCAUGCAAGAACUUCUCACAUUAAUACUGUUGUAUCGUCAAGGUGAAUGUGCAAACUCUUUUUCAUCCCGACGCCAAACCACCUGGUUAUACCUAUCCUCAUGCCAAUGCCGAAUACAAAUACAUGGAAACCAGAUUUAUACCUCC